AAUCUCUUUCGCUUACAAAAAAAAAGCGCGGAUUUUUUCUUAAGGCUCCAAAACUCUGAGACCAAGAAACAGAGAGAAGAAGAAGAUAAAGCAAAAAAAAUGGCAACGAUAAAUUCAACGGUCACAAUUCUCUCUCCCAAAUCAAUCCCAAAGAGCAUCGAUUCGAAAUCGGGAGUUAGGGUUUCUGAUCACACCGUCGGUUUCUCUCCCAAUAUCGUCAAAUGCGUCAAUUCCUCCUCCUGCCGGAGAUUGAAGUUAGCGAAGCUCGUCUCAGCGGCCGGUUUAUCGCAGAUCGAACCGGACAUCAACGAAGAUCCGAUUGGUCAAUUCGAGCUUAACAGCAUUGAAAUGGAGGAUUUCAAGUAUGGAUAUUACGAUGGAGCUCAUACUUACUACGAAGGAGAAGUUGAAAAGGGAACAUUUUGGGGAGCAAUUGCAGAUGACAUUGCUGCUGUUGAUCCUCCAUCUGGAUUUCAAGGUUUAAUUUCUUGGAUAUUUCUUCCUGCUAUAGCUGCAGGGAUGUAUUUUGAUGCUCCGGGUGAGUACUUGUUCAUAGGUGCAGCGUUGUUCACGGUAGUGUUCUGUAUAAUAGAGAUGGAUAAACCAGACAUGCCACACAACUUCGAGCCUCAGAUUUAUAAAUUGGAGAGAGGAGCUCGUGACAAGCUCAUUAGUGAUUACAACACUAUGAGUAUUUGGGACUUUAAUGACAAGUAUGGUGAUGUUUGGGAUUUCACCGUUGAGAAAGAUGAUAUAGCCACAAGAUAAGAUGUGGUUUCUCAUUAUAAUGAUGACUUUUUGAUUGAAACUGUUUAUAAAUUGAUGAAUGAAAGUUUGUUACUACAUAUGUAUAUUAUAGAUUGUUAUUUAUCUUAAUAAAGUGGUGGUUUAACAAAGCUUUUACACCAAGAUUUGAAGUUCAAACUCCACAAAAUGUUAUGGAUUAUUCAGAGGUUUUAUGUAUGGACUGUGGAUUUGAUCUUAUAAAUUAGUAUGUCAUAAAUAGUAGAUUGUUAUUUCACUUCCAAUGAAAAGAGAGUAUGUAUGG